UUGCUGCUAAUGGCAGCCAUGCGGGGUGCGCUGAUCGUGCUGGAAGGGGUAGACCGGGUGGGUAAGAGCACCCAAUGCCAGCGGUUACAUGAGGCCUUGCGGCAACAAGGGCGGCCCGUUGAGCUGAUGCGCUUCCCGGACAGAAGAACUGAAAUUGGGAAACUGAUUAGCUUGUACCUGGAGAAGAAACAGGACCUGAAUGAUAACGCUGUGCACUUGCUCUUUGCGGCUAACAGAUGGGAACAUGUGCCAGUGAUCCAAGAGAGUUUGCAGAAAGGGAUCACUGUCAUUGUGGAUAGAUAUGCAUUUUCUGGAGUUGCAUUCACAAGUGCAAAAUCAGGUUUCACCUUGGACUGGUGCAAACAAGCAGAUGUUGGGAUUCCAAAACCAGAUGUGAUCCUGUUCCUGCACCUUGAUCCCUCGGCUGCAAUGAAGCGAGGAGGUUUUGGUAUUGAACGCUAUGAAAACUGUUCAUUUCAGGAGCAGGUGUAUCAGCGUUUUAGAGAACUGAUAAAAGAUGAGAGCCUAAACUGGAAGGUGUUAGAUGCUUCUCGAAGUAUUGAAGUCUUGCAUCAGGAGAUAAUGUCCAACGUGGAGAAAACCAUCGAGAAAGCAGCAGAGGAGCCAAUUGCAGAGCUCUGGAAAUGAGGUUGUUUCUGCAGGGACUGUGAGCCAUUUGGAUCAUGGAGAGCUUGCUGUUAGAAGAUUGCCAACCUUUUCACCUUCAAAGUGUUCAAUGCUAGUUUGUAGCCAUUUCCCUGCGCAUUCUUCUGCCUUGUUAUUGUGGAAGGAUUUGAUCCAAAGCUUGGCUAUUUUGUUUAAAACUAAUUAUUUAAAUGCAACAAUCCUAUGCACCUUUUAAAAAAUGAAAAUCACCAUAAUACAAUCUAUUAGAAACUUUUGACAGGUCACAAUUUUUUGACUUUCUUUUCCACACUAUAUUCUUCCUACUUAUGGCUGCAGUGUAAGUUCAUUAUGCUACUUCAGUUUCACCCAUAUAAUGUGACACCAUUGAUUCGGAUGAUUAAACAGCUCUCUUCGCCAUCAAUUAAUUAUUCUCCGUACACAAUUUAUUUACUUAUUGCCUGGGAUAUACUGUGUACAAAGAAUUACAGGAACAGGAGAGCUGUUUAAUCAUCCGAAUCUAUGCUUCCUCAUCGAAGUAUUUCAUAAUUGAAUUAUUCAAAUUUAGUUUGCCUACACAACUAGUGAUGCCACAACUUAUUACAAAACCUACUGCUGGAGGAUAUUAAUAGGUCAGGCACCACCCAUGAGGCAGAAAGAUGAUGGACAUUUUUUGUCAAGACCCUGCUUGAUUCACUCAGCUAAUUUUUUGUUCCAGAUGACAGUAUCUUUUAAUUUCUUGCAUCUCUACUGUUUGGGUAUUCUAGCUAAACUAUUUAAGACCCCAGGAGAUUGCUUGGGGUAAGGUGAGCAGUAUUGUUGAUGCCUGCUGGUGUUAGACCAAUGUGACCACUGAUAUUCAUAUGCCGAAUUGCCAAAUAUUGUUACAUGUUCUUUAUCACAGUUGAACGUACCGUGAUAGUGAUCCAGUAUUGUGGAAAGGGAGCAAGAAUUGACAACAAUUCACUCGAUCCUGCUGGAACACUUGCUCAGUGUGACACCACCUACUGUAUUUCCUUCCUCAGAGUUUACGACUUAAGUCCAUAUGGGCCAGGGAACGAAGGGAUGUGCAAGGUUGUGUUCAGUAUUUAGGAGGAGGAAGACCUUAAUUUGUGUCUUUAGACAAUGACUCAACAAUAUAAACUCCUUGAUUUUACACUGAAAUAUUUUGCUUCUAACCAUGGGAUUAGAAGACUAGCUGCCGUGUGCAGUAUUCAUAAGUGCCAACUGUUGUUUUGAACUUUAUGUUUGAAAUUAAGUUUGUGAUUUGCAGAAAGAGCCAAACUACAACUGCAAGAAGGAGUGCAUGAAUCAGAUUGAACUUUUCAUGAGAUGGGGGCAAGGACUAAAGCAGCCCAGUCUCAAGGAUCCAGCAGACCUGGACCUCACUGACAAGAUUUAUUAUUAUCUGACUGUUGAAUCCAGCUCAUUCAGGCAUAUUUACUGUGGGUUGUCACCUGUGCAGGUGUCACUGUAGUGCAGCUAGUAGAGCCAAUGCCUCGAGUCACCAGCAAACUUAGUUCAAUCCCAAACUCUAGUGCCAUCUGUGUGGAUUUAGAUGUUCUCCCUGUGAGCACGUGGCUUUCCCCUUGGUGCUUUGGUUUCCUUACAAGCCCUAUCAUUGUAAAUUGUCACUAGUAUGUAGAAGUAAUUGAAUCUGGGAGUUGUUAAUGGGAAUGUGAGAAGAAUGAAAUGGGAUUAAUGUGUAUUCAGUGUAAAUGGGUGGUGGGUACAGGUGUGGAUGGUGAGCUGGAGGGUAAGGUUCUGUGCAGUAUCGUUCUGACCAGUUGGUGAUGGCUAUCAGUUUUCCAUGCAAAUAAAUCUCAACUUGUUACAGAAUUACAAUGUUUAACUUUUUAUUCAAAAUGUAGAUGUAGCAAGGAUCCAGACCACGGUAUUAAUAAAUGAAACAUCAAUGGUCAA